UGUAAAUUAUAAGAAUUGUAGGAAUGCAAGGAAGAUAUAGAUUUUCUCAUCUUAGCAGAUCAGUGUGAUAAUUUCGCUGAAAAUCUUGAAUUCCUCAUGAUUAUUUACGUCCACAUCUUUGGUGUUGGUACUCGCUAAAUGUUCUAGAUAGGACUCAGGCAGCCAGUAGACUGACCGACUUCAUUGCUGAACUUUGAAAGAUGUUUGCAUAAGGUCAAAGUUAGAUGAUUAGGCAUUGUUAAGCAAGUGUCCAGAAAGAAGUACGGACCUCUCGUCUUCUGUUUUGUUUGUUUUGUCUUUCUUUUGUUGUUGUGUAAGUUUCUGCUUUGAUCAAUGAAUUUAGCAGCUUUCCUGCUAUUUUCCAGAAAGAGAUACGACUGCUUCAAGUCUCAACUGAGAAAUAUUAUCCCGUAGAACUGCUUACCACUCAAUAAUGACAAUAAGUUUUCAGUCCAAAAAUAAAAUGACAGUAAGUUUUAGUCCAGUAGGUCUAUUGGGGAGUGUAAGAAGCAGCGACGAAGUGGAGUUCACAUGAGAUGCUACUAAUCAAACAGACAACCAGCAAAAGAUUUUUUGAAAUUACCAGGCAAGUUGUUCACUUGUUUGGACUUUGGACCACUAACACAUUACAACUGGUUGUUCAGAAACAAUGGGCGUGGAAAACCGUCAGACUAUGUAUCUCAAUCUCAGGCUAUAUCCAGAUCUUUGAAUAAUUGAUAUCUCAUUUCCCACAGAACUGCCUCUCACUGUUCACAUGUUGGACCCAACUUACAUGUAGUCCUCAUGAAGCAUGCCCCUGGUCUUGAGCAGGCCAGUAUGGCGGCACAUUGUGAUAACCAAUCACCCAAACACUACCACUACUGGCUCCAACAGGUGCCAAAGAGCAAAGGGGUAGCCAAACAUUGCAUGUUCGAAGCUCAUGGCCUUGUCCCCUGCCAGCUCGCUUUGAUAGCUGCACUUAAGCUGCAUGCAUAUCUCUCCGCACCUAUAAAUACAUCAGCUCUGAACCGCCAGUUCCAUCCACAAGCAAAGCACUACCACUAGCUUAGCACUCGACACAAAACUCUGAGCUUUCUGCCAAGAAAGAAGGUGAUACAACCAUGGUCAGUGCCAAGAGACUUUCUCAAAUGAUAAGGAAGUGGCAAAGAGUGGCGGCCAUCGGGAGGAAGAGGCUCAUGUGGUCAGCAAAAGAAGUCGAUGAGUGCUGCACGUCUGUGGCAGUGAAGGGCCACUGCGCCAUGUACACUGCUGACGGGAGGCGGUUUGAGGUGCCAUUGGCGUACCUCGGCACGACGAUCCUCGGGGAGCUCCUGAGGAUGUCUCAGGAUGAGUUUGGCUUCACAAGCAAUGGAAGGAUAACCCUGCCUUGUGAUGCAGGUGUGAUGGACUAUGUCAUGUGCUUGAUCAGAAGGAACGCAUCAGAAGAGGUAGAGAGAGCUUUCUUGAGCUCUGUGGUGAGACCUUGUAACUAUGGAAAUGGUUUGGAGCCAUCUAUGGGAGUUAGCCAGCAAGUAGCUGUUUCUGGCUUCUGAGGAUUCAGUGUUCGUUUUACCUUCUUUUUACUGUCCAUCCUUUUGGAUGAUGUAAAUAGUUCUAUGUAGGAGAUAGGAAAUGAAAGAAUCAUAUGGCAAGUUGACCAUUUGACUCU